GGCCUCAUCUAUAACCACACUACUACUACGACCCCCGCUAAACGGCGAUCAUGUCUGUCCAAUGUGCGUAGCUGCUCCCUGCGUGCACUCCUGGCGGAGACUGAUGAUGAGUCGGCGGUGUACGAUCCCUCAGCGAAACACUUCCUGAACGCCCCCGAGAACCUCGUCGUCGAGUCGCUGCAGGGCCUCUGCACCCUCAACCCGCAGAUCGCGCUCGACGUCGCCGAUAAAGUGGUGUAUGUCGCGAAGCAGGACCGCUCGAAGGUCGCGCUGAUCUGCGGCGGUGGGGCGGGGCACGAGCCCGCCCACGCGGGCUUUGUCGGCGACGGGAUGCUCACCGCUGCUGCGUGCGGGACCGUGUUCGCGUCGCCGAACACGAGCCAGGUCCGCAGGGCUAUCGACCUCGUGGAGAACGAACAGGGGAACUACACCGGUGACAUCCUCAACUUCGGUCUCGCGAGGGAGCAGUAUGCCGCCGAGCACCCCGAAAAGUCGGACAAGGUCAAGACCCAAGGCAAGAUCGUCGGCCGCAGAGGCCUCGCCGGCACGUGCCUCGUCUACAAGGUCGCGGGCGCGCUCGCGAAGCGCGGGGGGAGCCUCGCGGCGGUGCACGGCGCCGCGGCGUACGUCGCCGCGCACGUCGGGACGGUCGGCGUCGGACUCGAGCACUGCCACGUCCCCGGGACCGCCGCGGGCGCGUCGCACCUCGGCGCGGCGGAGAUCGAGAUCGGCAUGGGCAUCCACAACGAGCCGGGCAACCGCCGCCUCGCGCCCGUCCCGCCCCUCGCCGCGCUCGUCCCCCAGCUGCUCGACCUCCUCACGGGCACGGCGGACCCCGAGCGCGCGUUCGUGCCGUUCAAGGGCGGGGACCGCGUCGUGCUGCUGCUGGAGCUGCCGGGCGUGGUGCGGGAGACGCGGGCGGCGCUGGAGAAGCAGGGCUUUGUGAUCGAGAGGGUGCUCGCGGGGACGUUCAUGGUGCGUCUGUGAUACUGCAGGCGGACUGGUGCUGAGCUGCGUUCGCUCGGGCAGACGAGUCUGAACAUGCCCGGCUUCUCGAUCACGCUGCUCCUCCUCCCCGACGGGUCAGACUCCUCCGCGCCUUCGGCGGACCUGCUCCUCUCUUUGCUCGACGAGAAGCCCGAUGUGCCGGGCUGGAAGUGGGCCUCCGCCGCGCCGCCCGCGGCCGC